GGCAAGCACUAUUGAGUUGUUUCUUUGUUGUGAUGACUUCUUUCGUUCUAGUUUUCACUGUAAUUUUAUCUACCUUACUUCCAUCAUGCUCUCCAGGAACAUAUACUGGCCUCGGCUACAAAUUCUCUAUUGACAAAAUAAAAGAGGAAACAGGUCCUUUGAGGACGUUUGUAACAAAUUUGAAGUAUCCUUUUGAAGACCACACCAUCACUACACGAGACGGAUAUGUUCUUACUUACCAUCGAGUGGCAGAAUCAUCUCCCGAGGUGGAAGGUAAAAGGAAGGAAGAAGCUCACAGACAUCCUGUGCUCCUUGUACACGGUAUCCUACAAUCCUCAGCGUUCUACCUGGCAAUACCACAAGGACUGGCGUACAGGCUGGCAGACGCUGGGUUCGAUGUAUGGGUGGCGAACCACAGAGGCAAUCCUUACUCAAAGGCUCACCUGAACCUCAACCCGACGUUGAAUUCAAAGUAUUGGGAGUUCAGCUUUGACGAGAUGGGAAAAUUUGACUUACCCGCAGCUGUUGACUACAUUCUUAAGAAAACUAAUAAGAAGACUAUUUCUUACAUAGGGUUUUCCAUGGGAACCACAAUGUUCUGGACCUUCGCUCACUAUUGGCCGGAUUACAUGACCAAGAUAGAUUGUAUGAUAGCAAUGGCUCCAAUUGCUAUACCUAACUCACUCAGUGUUGUCAUAAGUAAAUUCAAUAAUGGAGCAGUGAAUUCCAUUUUAAGGUCACUCAACAUGUUGAAUUUCUAUGAAUUUCGUCCGUAUUACAGAAGAUUUGCUUUCAUAGUUCGAGCCCCGUGUGGUGGUCCGGAAACAAAGAGGGGUUGGUUGUGUAGGGGGAUUAUAAAGUUGGUUUGUUUAUUAUCAGGCAUGCAAGAAGAUCUUUUAAGCUACAAGUACAUGUUGAGUUCGCUGGAUUUCAUGUCAGCAGGAACUUCGAUUCAAUCUUUGUUUCACCUUCUUCAAGUCGGAAGUGCAAACGAGUUUAUGAUGUACGAUUACGGAGAGAGAUUUAACAUGUUUUACUACAGUGGAAAAACAACGCCUCCUAAGUAUGACUUAACUAGAGUGACUGUUCCUGUUUACCUUAUACAAGGGGGGAAAGACGUGUAUUCUGUUACAAAAGACACUAAAAUUCUGAAAGAAAGACUGGAUGUUAAUGGGAAAGCUUACCUUUUUCUGGAAGAGGAAGCAAAAGGCUACAACCAUUUGGAUUUUUUCUUUGCUGAUGGAGCAAACGAAAUAAUACACCAGCCUGUGGUAAACAAACUAAGUGAACAUGUAAAGUAAUUAUGAAUCAUCAGAAAUUUAAGGAAAUAUAAACUGAGACUGAAUUGCAAAAUUAAGUUGAUGUUAUUAAAACUUUAGAGUUACUUUUUAACCUCC